CUGCCAACAUGGCUGUGGGAAGAUUGUAUGUAGCCGUAUUCUUAUUACUGAAUCAUGGAAACUCUGCCGUUUUCAGUCAGGAUAUUGACGAUGAUUCUAUUGCAUUUGACACUUCCAGUCAACAUGGGCUCAAUGUAGAAUCAUUACAAGCUAAUAAUGACACGCAAUUCGAUAAGAGAUAUCUUCUUUAUGAUGUGAAUCCUGGAGAAGGAUUUAACCUCAGACGGGAUGUGUACAUGAGAGUGGCAAAUAUGAUGAAGCUUUUGCGAGAAAAACAGAACUGGAUCCUUGUCGUUCCGCCUUGGAGAAAACUUUACCACUGGCGAUCGGCGAUCGAACAAAAUGCCCUUCCUUGGCGGACAUUUUUCGACCUGGAAAGCUUGAAUCGUUACGUGCCUGUCAUUGAGUUUGAAGAAUUCGUGAGGGAAACUGGCGAAGAAGCCAUAGAUGAAAUCCUCUAUUUACAAGGUUACGCUGAAGGGUGGAAAGACGGACAUUGGGAAGAAAAAAUAGACGAUAGAGAUUGCAUUGAUAGACCUGUAUACCACAAAGAUGAAAGCGGGUAUUACAGAGGUUACUUCUGGGGAAUGGAGGACAUAUUCGCGCGUAAAUUUAAAUGUGUCUCUGUACAGGGCACUUCGGCAAUCCUAGUGCCUACACUUCUGGAGAAAACCAAGUCAAAGUCUGUGUUUAUUGACAGAUUUGAAAAGGUUAUGCACAUUCGUUAUGGUCAGGUGGAAUUUUAUAAGGCAAGGAGGAGCCUGGUUUUUGCCAAACACUUAAGAGAUGAAGGAGACAAGUUUCGUAGAGAACUCUUAAAAUCUGACGAUGAGAGGGAUGCUACAAUCAUGGAUCCAGACUGGACCAAGAAUCAGAAAAAAGAAGGUUCUGCUAAAGGAGGCCCAUAUUUAGCAGUUCACUUGAGAAGAGCUGAUUUUCUCUAUGCUCACCCUGAUGGCGUUCCAUCUCUUGACAAUGCUGUCAAGCAGAUUAAGGAUAUUCUUGAAAAGGAGAAGCUUGAUAUGGUAUUCCUUGCGACAGAUGCUGAUAAAAAAGAGGUGACAUAUUUGAAGAGUAAACUUCCCCUGGUGAAAUAUGACCCACCGAAGGAAAUUCUACAUAAUUAUGGUGAUGGCGGAGUUGCCAUAAUAGACCAGUGGAUUUGUGCACAUGCUCAAUACUUUGUAGGGACAUGUGAAUCUACGUUUUCAUUUCGUAUUCAUGAAGAAAGGGAUAUAUUAGGUUUCCAUGGUGACAAGACCUUUAAUUGUCUCUGUGGAGAUAAGAAGCUUGGAAAAUGUGAACAACCAUCAAAAUGGAGAGUAGUAUACUAAAAAUAUGAUGAAUGUACUUUAAAGCUCUUCUGCGUUCAACUCUCAGUCAGUCAUUAAAAGAAGAUAACUAAUAAAUUAUGGGAUUGCUUUGGGAACAGGAUGUGAAAUAUUUCUGCGAGAUAAGAUGGUAGUUAGAAUUUUGCGAGAUUAGUGCCAGCAGUCACUUAGUUAACCCUUCAACUCCUAUGAGUGACCAAGACAGAAUUUCUCCUUACAAUAUCAAUACAAUGUCAAGCAGACAAGUGAUGAGAAUAAAGAAAAAUAUUAAUUAGUGGAAUUGUUAAUUGAUGUAAGACCAAAUUCUCUGAACUAAAAUCAAGAGAAUCACCGGUAUAUGGUACACAGUUAGGAGAAUAAAUAGAAAGAACUUGGGAGUGAAAGAGUUAACUCUUCAUUUCCAAGAGCGACCAAAAAGGAACUUCUCUCUGUAGUAUGGAUUUUUUUUCAAGGAGAAAGGUGAUGAGAAGGAAUAGAAAAAGAGAACUUGAGUAGAGACAAUUUUGCAACACAUAUGGAAACCAGAAGAAGAAUAAAACUAGUUCUAGUGCACUUUGACACCAAGGUA